GUUACAUUUACGCCCCUUGCACAUUUAAUUUAUUUCACAUCCUAGGAAUGAUGUCAGCGCGAUAGGGCUACGGGAACUUCAGAUUCAAAAAGGCAGAGGGUAUGGCAUCGCGACGAGAGGAUUUACUGGUUAGCUUCUCCUCACUGCUCUCACCACCAUGGUGUCACCACAAGACGUUCUAUCCACCCUAGCAGGCGCCUGGGUCCUCCUAAACAGCUCAGCCACCAACCCAGACGGCACGCCCGUAAACCGCACCACCGACACCUCCCAAGGCCGCAACGGCACCGGCACCCUCAUCUACGCGGCCUCAGGCUACGUCUCGGCUAUCCUCACGCCCACCGACCCUCUGUACCGCCCGAGAAACCUCACCUACAACGACUUCGACAACACGACCGACGCCGAGUGGGCGGUCCUCGGGAAGCACAACCUAGCGUAUACGACGCCGAUCAGCGUGCAAGUGCUGCCGGAGGGCGCCGCGGAUCAGGGUAUCGUGACGCAUGGGCCGAUUAAGAUGGCGAAUGUGCCGAGUUUGGAGGGCACGAAUUUGGUCAGGAAUUUCACGUUGAUGGAGGAGGGGAGGGUGCUGAGGCUGAGGAUUAGGGCGAGUGAUGGGGUGAGGAGUUUGCUGUACUGGGGGCGGAUG